AUGGCAUCUCUUUUUUCCGUCGAUACGAAUAAAUCAACAAAAUUAGAUCGUUACAAUACUUAUAUCCGCAAAGUUAACAGUGGCACUAAGUUUAUCGUAGCUUCUUCUAAGCUUCUUUAUCGUAUGACCAUUUUAAUUUUCGCGUUAUUGAUCUGUUCAUUCAUCGUAAAUCACUUUUUGUUCAUCUCUAACAACUCAAAUCAACACGGCCGCCGCCUCUUCUCCUUUGGUGGCGGCGCGGGUUGGGAGAAAAAAGUCCGGCAUUCUUCUAUACCUAAGAAAACCAACGGGAAGGUGGUGCUGGUGACCGGUGCAGCUGGAUUUGUUGGUUCUCAUUGUGCAUUAGCGUUGAAGAAACGCGGAGAUGGAGUUAUUGGUAUUGAUAAUUUCAAUUCGUAUUAUGAUCCGUCGUUGAAACGUGCUCGACAGGAAUUACUGGCGAAGCAUGAGAUUUUUAUCGUGGAAGGUGAUAUCAAUGAUAUUGAUUUGGUUAAUAAAUUGUUCGAUAUUGUUCCAUUUACUCAUGUUCUUCAUUUAGCUGCCCAGGCCGGCGUUCGUUACGCAAUGGAGAAUCCUCUUUCGUACAUUCAUUCAAAUGUGAAUGGAUUUGUUAAUUUGUUAGAAAUUGCUAAAUCUGCUAAUCCACAACCCGCCAUUGUUUGGGCUUCUUCGAGCUCUGUUUAUGGGUUAAACACGAAGGUACCUUUUUCUGAAAAUGACCGGACUGAUCAACCAGCUAGUCUCUACGCUGCAACGAAAAAAGCCGGUGAAGAAAUUGCUCACACGUAUAACCAUAUUUACGGAUUGUCAUUAACUGGGUUACGUUUCUUCACUGUUUAUGGACCUUGGGGAAGACCAGACAUGGCGUAUUUCUUCUUCACAAAGGAUAUGAUUCAAGGAAAGCCGAUCAAGGUUUACGUAUCGGAUAAAGAGGUGGCGCGUGACUUCACGUAUAUCGAUGAUGUGGUGAAAGGUUGUUUAGGUGCGAUUGAUACGGCGGAGAAGAGUACCGGUAGCGGAGGAAAGAAGAGAGGUCCGGCGCAGUUGAGAGUGUAUAAUUUGGGGAACACUUCGCCGGUAUCGGUGAAGAAGCUAGUGGCAAUAUUGGAAAAUUUACUCAACAUUAAGGCUAAAAAGAAUAUGAUUAAGAUGCCCCGAAACGGCGACGUUCCGUUUACUCAUGCUAACGUGAGCCUGGCGUAUAGGGAUUUUGGAUAUAAGCCGACUACAAAUUUAUCAAGUGGAUUAAGGAAAUUUGUUAAGUGGUAUUUAAGUUAUUAUGGGAUGCAAGCAAGGACAAAAUAG